GUUGUAUUACUUUAAUGACAUUGGGCACCGGUUCACGGUUCAUCCGGUUUGACCGGUCUAGACCGAUUUGCAACAUAUUCGGUGGCGCAGCUUCAACUCUCACAACUGUCGAUCUUCUUUCCGCCCCGCCAGUGCCGGAAACCGUCUUUCCACGCCGCCACCGCAUUUGCAUUCAGAUGCCUCGUUACAAAGACGAGUCCCCUGCGGUUCGUGUCUACACCGUCUCUGAUGAAUCACGAUAUUUGAUUGCGAGGAAUGUUCCGGCAUUAGGUUGUGGUGAUGAUUUGCUGCAACUGUUUUCAUCCUAUGGAGAAGUAGAGGAGUGUAAGCCAAUGGAUGCUGAAGAAUGUGAGCAAUUCACUGAUGUUUAUUGGGUCAAAUUCCGUCUUUUCAGUAAUGCCAGGUUUGCGAAAAGAAAAUUGGAUGAGUUUGUUUUCCUUGGGAACCGACUACAGGUUUCGUAUGCUCCCCAUUUUGAGACUUUGUCUGAUACAAAGGAUAAAUUGGAAGGAAGAAGAAGGGAGGUUUUAGCUCGAUCGAACCCUAGAAGAUCUAAAGAGACUAUAGCGUCAAGUUCUACGCCCCUAAUUACUUCAAACAACAGUUUCCUAUCAGAACCUUUAUAUACUGAUUCAAGGAAAGCAGAGUUUGAAGGAAGGCCGAACAACAGUAUUCUUCCAAAAAGAACGGUUUCAUCUAACGAGGAUUAUUUUUCAUCCCAUUCCAUGAAUCAAACAGUGAGGAUUGUCAGGGAUAAGCUUGAUUGAAUCCAGUGGCGAGCAUCUGAAAGGUGGAUCAACAUCCAAAAAAGCACGAGUCGAUAAUCGGAGAAGGAUUUAAUGUUUAAAAGUCGAAAGUUUAACGUAAUUGUGAUGUUCUCCCAGGGUGUGUUUGGGAGGUUUUAGGAGGGAAGGAUUUCCCCCUCUCUUUCUCUCUCAACUUCUCUUCACUCUUUUCUUCCGGAUCAAGAUCAAUUUCCUAUUCGGGUUUGAUCCAAUAAAUAUCAUAAGAGAUAAAAAUCGUAUUAUCUAUUCCAGUGAAGGGGUCUUGUUCCUGCAUUUACCAACCUAAAGGUAGAUAUUUAACUCGAUCUUGUUAGUUUUUGGGUUGUUUGAAAUUUGUAAUUGAAAGGAAACUGUCAAGGUUAAAGUACACUUCUAUUCUUAUCCUCAUCGAUAUAAUUGAUACCUUCUUGACAUCUUGGUAGCUUGCUUCUGUUUGAGGUAUGUUUUCUAUUUUGAGGAAAUAGUUUUGUCUGUGUGAAAUGGGACAAAAACUGUGUCUGGGUUACAUAAAUGUAUAUAUCAACAUGUUUAGUAUAGUUGCCUUAGCUCAUUUUACUCAAGUACUGAGUUGAUCUUAGCUUGUAAUUACUAUUCAUAACUCAAAUAUUAGAAUUAUCUUUUAGUAUGAUUUUUGGAUUGAUGGAAGAAUUGUUCUUAGAUCUAUCUUAUGGGAAUUAUGGAUUAAAAAUCAUAAUAUUUGAAAUUGGGGACCUCUGUCAAGUUGUAAAAGGAAGAAGUUCAUUAGGUUUAAUUAAAAUAACUUGAUUUUGGUUGAAAUAUGCUGAUUUGGUUUCCAUGUAAUUAUGUUAUCUGAUAGAUACUUUGUAAAUUUUGAUUUUUUUUUUCUAAUGGUCAAAAUACGUAAACCUUGUCGAGUAUGCUGAGAUGAGUUUUGGUUAUACCAUUUCUAAUACGAUUUUUUUUGUUUAAAUAGAUAAAUUGUUUCUGUUAGUAAGUUUCUGAUUUUUGUUCAUGUAUGUUUUUUCUUCUUAAAAUAAUUUCUGUAUGUUAAAUUUUUUGUAGUAUUCGUUCUCAAAGUUAAAAUUCGCAUGUUAAACUAUUUUAUCUAUUUAAAAAAAAAAAUCGCUAACUUACCUGGAUGAUUUAUCUAUUUAAACUAAAAAAAAAUUAUGUGAUGAAACUUUUAUGAAGCAGCUUUAGUAAAUUUUCGGGAUUGAGGCAUUUUAAUGUGAAUAAUAAUAUUAUUGUAAUUUUAUUCAAAUUUUAUUAUGAAUAAAGAAAAUAAAAGUAGUUUUUCACUCGAUACAUUAAUACUACAUCUGUAUAACCUGUAUUCAUUUUACAAUCAACUAAAAGAUUCAUAGUAAAUUAUUUUUUAAACUUGUUAUGGCUAAAUUUUUUACCACUUAAUUAGCAUUUCUUAAGUGAAUUAUUCAAGACUUUAUUAUUAGAAAUUUGACAAGUAAUUUCAAAUCUACUUCUC